CCCGGCGGCGCUCAGGGCGCGGGGAGCGCGGGCGGCGGCGCGAGCGCACGCGACGCUCUAGGACCCAGCGGCGGUGGUCCGGUUUGGGGCUGGAGGGGAAGCCUCGGCGUGUCUCCUCUUCCUUGUGAAUGGGGCUGCUUGUCGGGCGCCGCUUCCCCAGGCUGCCACACGCCAUGCCCAGCGCGCUGCCUGGCGGCCGCCUUCCCCAACCGCAGCACUGAACUAGCCAUGAUCGCCUCAUGUGGAGGGCAAAGUUGCGGCGGGGAACUUGUGAGUCUGCGGUGAAAGGUCCCCCUCCUGCCUGUUACAGCCCCAGUAGUCCCAUCCAGAUUCUGGAAAACCCCAACUACUUUUUCCCAGACUUUCAGCUGUAUUCUGGGAGGCAAGACGCAUCUUUGACAGUGGAGGCAAACAGUAGCAUCAGGGAAAAAGUUGUUGAAGAUCCUCUUUGUAACUUCCACCCGCCGAACUUCCCGAGGAUCUCAGAGGUGGAAAUGAGAGGUUCCGAGGAUGCGGCAGCUGGAACAGUGUUACAGCGGCUGAUCCAGGAGCAACUGCGCUAUGGUACCCCGACCGAGAACAUGAACUUGCUGGCCAUUCAGCACCAGGCCACAGGGAGUGCAGGACCAACCCACCCCACAAACAACUUUUCUUCCACGGAAAACCUCACUCAAGAAGACCCACAAAUGGUCUACCAGUCGGCACGCCAGGAACCGCAGGGUCAGGAACACCAGGUGGACAACACGGUGAUGGAGAAACAGGUGCGGUCCACGCAGCCUCAGCAGAACAACGAGGAGCUGCCCACGUAUGAGGAGGCCAAAGCACAGUCCCAGUUCUUCCGGGGGCAGCAGCCGCCGCCACCGCAGCAGCAGCAGCAGGGGGCUGUGGGUCACGGCUACUACAUGGCCGGGGGCACCAGUCAGAAGGCGCGGACUGAGGGCAGGCCCACGGUGAACCGCGCCAACAGCGGACAGGCGCACAAGGACGAGGCGCUGAAGGAACUCAAGCAGGGCCACGUCCGCUCUCUCAGUGAGAGGAUCAUGCAGCUGUCGUUGGAGAGGAACGGUGCAAAGCAACACCCCCCUGGCCCAGGGAGCGGAAAGGGGUUCAAGGUGGGCGGGGGGCCCUCCCCAGCCCAGCCUGCAGCUAAAGUGCUGGACCCCCGAGGUCCUCCACCCGAGUACCCCUUCAAGACCAAGCAAAUGAUGUCCCCGGUGGGCAAGACCCAGGAGCAUGGACUUUUCUACAGUGACCAGCACCCGGGGAUGCUCCACGAGAUGGUCAAGCCUUACCCUGCUCCCCAGCCUGCGAGGACAGAAGUGGCCGUCCUGAGGUACCAGCCACCCCCAGAGUAUGGGGUAACGAGCCGCCCCUGCCAGCUUCCUUUCCCGUCAACGGUGCAGCAGCACAGCCCGAUGUCCUCCCAGAACUCCUCCGUCAGCGGGCCGCUGCACUCGGUGUCCCUGCCACCUCCACCUCCGAUGACCCUGGCAGCCUCGCAGCCCACGCCAGCCGCCUCCCCCAGCCAGCAGCUUGGUCCGGAUGCAUUUGCGAUCGUGGAGCGAGCCCAGCAGAUGGUGGAGAUCCUAACGGAGGAGAACCGGGUGCUGCACCAGGAACUUCAGGGUUAUUACGACAACACCGACAAGCUCCACAAGUUUGAAAAAGAACUUCAGAGAAUCUCGGAAGCCUAUGAGAGCCUGGUCAAGUCUACCACCAAGCGAGAGUCGCUGGAUAAGGCGAUGAGAAACAAACUCGAAGGCGAGAUUCGAAGGCUCCAUGAUUUCAACAGAGACCUCCGAGAUCGACUGGAGACAGCCAACAGGCAGCUGUCCAGCAGGGAGUAUGAUGGACAUGAAGACAGAGCGGCCGAGGGGCUUUACGCUUCCCAGAACAAAGAAUUCUUGAAGGAAAAGGAGAAGUUAGAAAUGGAGUUAGCGGCAGUGCGGACCGCGAGUGAGGACCACCGGAGACACAUCGAGAUCCUGGACCAGGCUCUGAGCAACGCCCAGGCCAGGGUCAUCAAGCUGGAAGAGGAGCUCCGAGAGAAGCAGGCAUACGUGGAGAAGGUUGAGAAGCUGCAGCAAGCCCUGACCCAGCUGCAGUCCGCCUGCGAGAAGCGGGAACAGAUGGAGCGGAGACUGCGCACCUGGCUGGAGAGGGAGCUGGACGCCCUGAGGACCCAGCAGAAACAUGGAAACGGCCAGCCAGCCAGCCUGCCGGAAUACAAUGCUCCGGCCCUCAUGGAACUCGUGAGGGAGAAGGAAGAGCGGAUCCUGGCGCUGGAGGCUGACAUGACCAAGUGGGAGCAGAAGUACGUAGAGGAGAGCGCCAUCCGGCACUUCGCCAUGAACGCUGCAGCCACUGCAGCGGCCGAGAGGGACACCACGAUGAUCAACCACUCGAGGAACGGCAGCUAUGGCGAGAGCUCGCUGGAGGCCCACAUCUGGCAGGAGGAGGAGGAGGUGAUGCAGGCCACCAGGAGAUGUCAGGACAUGGAGUACACUAUUAAAAAUCUCCAUGCCAAAAUCAUAGAGAAGGAUGCCAUGAUUAAGGUCCUCCAGCAGCGAUCCCGUAAAGACGCCGGGAAGACGGACUCCUCCAGCCUGCGGCCCGCUCGCUCUGUCCCGUCCAUCGCUGCAGCCACUGGGACUCACUCCCGCCAGACCUCGCUCACCAGCAGCCAGUUAGCCGAGGAGAGGAAGGAGGAGAAGACCUGGAAGGGGAGCAUAGGGUUGCUGCUGGGGAAGGAGCCCCACGAACACGCAUCCACCCCUGUGCUGCCCACGCCGCCUGCCACAGCGCUAUCUCCUGCGGCCCUUGUCACCUCGGCCAGCAGCGCCCACGCAAAGACAGGCAGCAAGGACAGCAGCACACAGACAGACAAGAGCGCCGAGCUCUUCUGGCCCAGUGUGGCCUCCCUGCCCACGCGCGGCCGGCUGAGCGGAACCCCUUCCAACAGCCCGGUCCUGAAGCACCCAGCGGCCAAGGGCACGGCAGAGAAGCUGGAGAAUUCUCCUGGCCAUGGGAAGUCACCUGACCACAAAGGUCGCGUCAGCAGCUUGCUCCACAAGCCCGAGUUCCCUGACGGGGAGAUGAUGGAAGUUCUCAUCUAACACCGGCAUCCCUGUUGAAUUUUGCAACAGAACAUUGACAAGCAAGGAACGUGGCAAAGAGAAAGAAAGAUCAAGAAGGUUGUGGAUGGGAGAUCAGGAAUGAUUUGAACUGAUCAGAUUUUCAGAUUAACGAGACCACUUUUUAUAAAUAUUAAAAACAAAACAAAACAGAAACAGGAGACCUACAUGACUGAAAAUGAAGAGGAUGUUGUGGAUUUUUACUGCAUAGGGUGGAAGAGAGAAGAUGCAUGUAGGUUUGGAAACAAAGAAGAAAUAGGAAAUGGAAUUUUUCUGUUGUACAGAAAAUGUUGUCUCUUGGGGAGGGUCUGUGUACACCCAUUCUCUGGUUAUAAACAGAUAAACCUGAGCAUGGAUCUUCCUUGAAAUACGCCCAUUCUCCUUGCCUCUGAGCUUGUUUUGUUUGAGAAGAACCUCCUAGAAAUCUCGGAGAGUCCGUCUUGAUAUAACGUAAUAUUACCUGUGCCCUCCAUGGGGUGUCCUGUGAAUGUGUGUGGGUGUGGCAGGGAGGAGAAAUGUCCAGGGUGAUGGGGAAUGUCAAAGGCCAUCUUCACCUCAUUACCUGCUUGCUUUGGACUUCUUAGCUUUUCUGGAUUGAGCAGUAUUUUCUAAACAGGAUGUGGGAGCUUUCUGGUCUUGGUGCUUAUCCUCCCUCACUUCUCUGAGUUCACCUCUGUCUCUGCUUCAUACUCUUUAAUUUUACCCUUUUUUCCUUCUUUUUUUUUUUUUUUUUUUCCUCUUGCAACAAGCCAUGACAGAAUUCCUUUUGUUAUGGGGUCUAUCAGAGCAGUAACUGAACGUUCAUCAUUCAUCGUGACCAGUGGGACAAAGCCGUAGGGCAGGUCCCCUGGCUGCUUCCUCCACCUUUGAGGAGUUGGGCUGCGGUGGUUGAUCCCAUUCUGACCAUGAACUAGGUAAGCUCCGACUAGGCAGAAGAUCCACGAGGACUGUGAGGUCCUGCAUUAAGCUCCCAGCCCCGACUUUUUUCUCUCUCACAUCAGCUCUUGCUUGGAGUUUGGUAUCUCCACCUCAUUGCUCUGUUGAGGUAGGACUUUCAGGACUGCACUCCGGGAAACGAGUGACACUUGAGUUGGUGGCAUCCAGCAUCUCCCCAGGCACGUUGUCCCUCUUUCUACUGUUUGUGGCCACCACUCUGCCUGCCCCUCGCAUCCCUCUGGGCAUUGUCGGUGAGCACGUAGACUCUGUGACUGUCAGCACCUGUGUGUCAGCACAUCAGUUCUGCCCUGCCAGGAACUCGCUUUGUAACCUAACAGGCCAGUAUCUAUACAGUGUGGUCAGGUUUUUCAAGACUUCAGUUGGGAGCAACUUGUCCAAAGUUAAGACGGAAACACCAGGUCAAAGAGCCAGGAGCGAGUGAGCUCGUGGGCCUCAUCCCUGUGCUGUAAGGUUUCCCAUCUGACUCCUCGGAUAUCGGCUUUCUUUACAAAUCUAGAAGGUGCUGGAUCAGAAGAGAGAAGCUAGUCAGACCGUCAGAUGCUCAUGCAGGGUCCUGAUAGUUUUCUCCCUGCAGGGUAGCUGGAUCUGUGUUUUCCCAGGUCCCUUUCCUCAUGCUUACUUAAGGAAAGAAAAAAAAAAAAAAAAAAAAAGCCCCGGGUCUGAGGCUUUUUCAAGUCCCACCCAAAUGAAGCCCUGAAGACAUCAUCACUUAGGAAAUUUUGCUUGGGUGGCUCAUUUUAGAGUUGAUCUUUGGAGUGUAACCUGGGUGAAGCCUCCCCAAAUUGAGGUGGUGGAAGGAUGACAGAGGUGUGAGCUGGAGAGGGAGAGGUGGGGAAGGAAACCAAUGGCUUUGCCCAGGGGCCCUCUGAGCUACCCUAGUGGUCAGGAGAGUAAGCAGAACAGAUACUGCUCAAGCCCUGCUCUGCGGUAGGCGCUGUGCAUCAAAGCCUGUUGCCUCCUGCAGUCCCACGUUAAGCAUCGCUGAGGACUGUGCAGCCUGGGAAACCAGAGCAGCCCUGGGUAUGAGGAGGGAGCAGCGAGGCCCCAUGGCUGGUGUGGGGGCCAGGUGAGUAUGGACACGCCAGGGCAGGGAUGGGACGGAGGGACCCCCAUCUCAGUCUCAGUUCCCUGUCACUUUUUACAGGUGAUGAGGCUCAGUUGAUGGCAACUAACUCUCUUAAGGACAUUUUGACCCCUGAUUAACGUGGGGGAUGGAAAGAAAACGUCUAGAAAUAAGAGGGCACGUCACCUCUGUCAGCCUCCAUCAUCUGUGUCUGGCCUACCCCAAACAUGGGCUGUGUCCCCUAGAAACGGGUGAGAGUGACAGCCGCAGCCCAGUUUCCCGCAAAGCCUCGUCUUUAUGCCGCAGCACAUCUUGUUGGCAGCUCAGGCACAAGGCUCAUUUGCUUUCCUUGGUCCCCUGCGUUGCCAGGCGUGUGAAUUGUCAGAAUGCAAACACAGACGUCACCAUUUUCAGUUGUGCUGUAGUCUUUUAAUCUUUUUUUCUUCUAACCUGCUAAGACUCCUCCAUAAGAAAAAGGACCUAUAAUUUUGAAAUGUCUUCUUGUAUGGGCCCUGACACUUUUCAUCUUCAUAGCUCGAAGCCUUGCUUGCAUUUAGGAGAAAUGCAGAUACUGAACUCCCACUGUGUGUUCUGGCAGUUGACAAUAUAUGAUCUCAUUGGAUUUUCAGAAAGUAAUCCUAGCUCCAUUUUUUUUUAGCGCCAAUCGUGUGCAAACACUGGGGUAAGUCCCUUUUAAUGAGUCCUCAGAUCACAUGGGAGCAGGGGCGAGUUUAUCAUCCUUAUUUCACAGAGGAGGAAACUGGGGCUCAGGAGGUCAAGUCCCUUCCCCAGGAGAGGCUGGGAUCUGAACCGAGGCUUUGGG